GAAGUUUUCUGUGAACUGAAGAGAGAAAUUACAAGCAUGCACAUAGUGCAAAAUUUUAGGCUUAUUAUUUGGUGUUGGUUCCUUCUCAUCAUGCUGUCUUUCGCUGCGGACAAUGAGGAUGCUGAUGUCAUCAAACACUGCAUGAAUUCCACCAAUUCAACGUCUUGCAGUUUAACAUAUGAGCACGUCUACAAAAGCUUAACAAAGAAUGAGAACAGUUUUAACAUAUCCCAUGCCUUGUAUCCUGAAGGAGGAAAGCCAUCAUUUCUUGUCAGAGUAAAUGUUUAUGGGCCCAAUAAAACACACAACUCUACACCAGCACAGUUUCUCUGGAGUAUACACUGUCUGUUUUCUAAUGUUCCUGCGUUAAUGCUUGAAGUGUUGUCUCUUGGCUCCAUUAUUGUGAGGUCUAGAACACAAGAGCUCAACAUACAAAUUCCUUCAUUUUGUUGCAACUUAUCAGAGAACAUAGAGAAAAGAAAGGAAAUGAUACAAGGAUUUCUUACAAGGGCGCUAUUUGAAGUAAGUGCAGAUUUUGUCUGAAUAAGUAAAUAAAGGUCGCCCUGUACUUCCGUGGGGGUGGUGGGGGUACUCCCGGGAAUUCUCGGUGGGGCGUGCCGCCCGGUUCUCCAAAUCUCCAAAUCUCCAAAAUUUCGCACUUACCCGGGGUUAUCGACUGGGUUAUCUUAACCCGGAACCCAGCUUCGAACAACCCGGCCCAGACCUCUAAAAUCCAUACCCGUUUUCAGACCUGGCCUUUAGGCAGAAAUUAUGUUAUCAUUAGUUAGAUUAGAGCGCAAACAAAAAAUUCUUCAAAUCCGCAAUUUCGAAUCCGCACAUUUCUCUUUCUUUCUCACUGAUUUUGAAUUGAACGAUAAACCACGUUCAUACACAACCUCGUUCCCAGGGUUCUCUCCUACCUGCCCAACGGAGCUCCGUAGGGCGGGUAGGAGAGAACCCUGGGAACGUGGUUGGUUCAUACACUCCCGUAGUUCCCUCAAGAACCAUACCCGAUCCCAGACCAAAAUGGGCAAAGUGUACCGGCGUUUUCAUACCAAAACGGCGCAAAAACACCAAAAAACCCCGAUGGGGCGGCACAUACCUAUACAGCUUAUAGAAGGGAGUACCCCCAGGACUGUAUUGCGAAAAUUGCUUAACAGUUAUUAUUAUUCAUUCAAAACAUUUCGCAGUUUUUUAAUUAGCUAAAAGCAGGCGCAUAAUUUACCAUAACCAGCUACUGUUGACCAAAUUUGGAAGAAUCUCCAAUUAAUCAACCGAUGACGUCAAAAGUGCUGCACAGUUGCAGGUUAAUGCACUGUUAAUUAAAACCAAGAAGACCUGGGGACGAGGUUAAGUUUGGUUGUGAAAAGAAAAAUGGCCGAACUGUCGGCGGAACAUUUUACUCGUUUCAAGAAGAACUAUUGUUUGAAAACAUAGCAAGAAGACUACUCGAUGGCCAACAUCUGCUAUUUGGAGUAUAUUUCCCGACCUGAACAGCUCUUUAUUGUCUUCUAUAAAUGUAUUAUCGAGGUGAACUUAACAUCGACGAAGGUAAGGGUUUUUAGUAAACCCUAUAACGGCGUAGCGGGUAACGGCGUAAAGAGAAACAGCGUAACGAGUUUUUUUUUUUUUUUCUUCUCCAAACCAGCCAAACUAUUGAGCAAGAUAAAAAUCCUAUUUUAAAUUGUUUUGUCCUAAAAAGAUAUCAUUAUCUUUCAUCUUUGAUGAGAUGAUAAAAGUGGUUACGUUUGCGAACGGGAAAGUAAAACUCUUUUUAACCUGGGGCAGCUAAUCGAACGAAACCGAACCAAAAAUUAAUCGAACUCAAUCGAACCCAGUCGGUCGGGUUGUUGUUCGAUUGGUUCAGUAAACGAACACAAUCGAUCGAACCACAGGUAGCCCAAGCUCGAAAUAUGAGCGUCGACGAACAUCGCCAUUGUUGCGUAACAUUCAAAAUAUAAGGAUUUGUAUGGAAAAAAAACUUAUCGUUUCUGUAACCUACGAAAAUGAAAGGAUUUCAAUAAAAACAGCUUACCUUACUUAAAAUGUGUGUUACGUCUCUCCUGUGUGGUCCACGGGUCGAUUUAUGCCCGUUUUAUGGGUUUUAUGUAAACGGUUUUCUCUCUAUAUAAAGGUCAAGGUUGGGCACUCCAGCGAAGCGGCUCGACCGAUCCACCGAAGGAAAACGGCCGUAAAUUCGCUCCAACUGCUCCAAUCGCCUCCAAAUUCCGCCUAGGUAACACACAAUAGUUCUCCUUUCCAUUCGUUAUCUUGCUUCAAGAUGCCUUUGCACCGAGAGCGAAUCAAAGGUCGCAAAUCUCUGCAACCUUUCCCGUCUGAAGCCAUGGACUGAGGCUCGGCUUGAACUCCGCGUUACCGUUGGAAGAUAGCGACCCGGCCUGAGACUCAAAUUACUCAACUCGGGGUGGGAGACAGUCUCUUGCUCCCGUUGACAUCAAUACCCGAGAAAGAAAACAACGGGAGCAAGAGAGCAGAAUACUGCAAUGCUGAUCUUACUACGUGAAAAUUAACUCUGCAAGAGAUCAACACGACACCGAAAGAACUCAAAACAGAUCGGAUUGUAGCCAUAGACAGCUGUUUCGCUCUCUUUGGGGCUCGUUUUAUGUUCAUUUAAAAUAUUUCUAGCUAGGUUUUUAAUAUCUUUACCUCCUCGUAGCGUUUCUUCGAAACAUUUUCCUGUUAAUCGGCACAGUUUCAGAAUCAUCAUGCUCAUGCUGACACUUGAACAGGUGUUGGUUCCUUGCAGAUACUCCUCAAAAUGAAGAACACAUCCACCAAGCAUACAUACAUUUUCAAUAUUCUUGCAUUUGUUCCCUUCACUUUCUGUAAUUCGGCUAUUAAGUCCCGCUUGCGUUAGCUGCGAGACUCUAAAAAUGCAACUGUUUCUUUUCUUUUUUUGUGUGUGCGCACCAAAAGGAAAAUCAUGGUACCAGGCGGUCCUAGCGGAGACUGUGGAAACUGGGGAUGAGAUUGGCGGCAUGACGAAAGCCAUAGUACAUAGAAAGCUCGUUCAGGAAAUAUUAAUGCGGUAGGACUUCUCCCAGGGUGGCGGGUGACGGAUGUCGGGUGAUGGGUGACAGGUGGUGGGCGACGGGUGGCGGGGAUAUUAAUAAUGAAAAUUAUGAUAAUCAAUAAAAGUUAAUAAUAAUAUCCUUAUUAAUAAUGAACACGAAUCACUGUAACUUUUCUUUUUGUUAAAUUACAGCUGCAAGAUCUGGCUGUAAGUCCGGAUAUUCGAGAUCCAUCUUUGAACUCAGCUCAAUGUGUUAUACAGGGUCAUAACACUACAUUCAGUGACACCAAAGGACAUAGUGUUAAAAUGUUAUGGGCAUGUAAUCUUUUUGUGAUAAGCGCUGGCCUUAUUGUCAGUUCGGCGAUAAUCGACAUGAACAAAUUUUUCAGAUUAAGUGGCAGGAAGAUUAAAAACUCAGGAAGUGCCAUGUGUUUUUCGAUUCACUACUUGUCAGCACUAGGCGAAGUAUAUAUUAUUGUUAAUUUUGCAUUUUCUUUGUACUCUCGUUCAUCUGCUCCACCUUUUUUUUAUGUUUCUUUUCUUUUCAUAUUUAUAUGGAGCGCGCUAGCAUGUUUUUUGCAUAUGCCAAUUCACAACAUAUCAUUACCCCGUCAUAAUUAUAUAGGAGCCGGAUUAACGAUGCACUAUGCAUUUGGAGGAAAAUCGAUAUGCUAUAUAAGUUGCUGGCUUGUAAUUGGGAUAAGAAUCAAUCCGUCUUGGGGUUUAACUGUUGCUCUCUUUGUCAUCUCUAUUUUCGCUUCAUUUACUUACGCAGUGUAUCUUGCAAGAUCUGGCUAUAACAUGAGAGAGCGAGAAAAUACACUUCAAGACUUUUUAUUGGGAACUUAUACAUUGCCUGAGGAUUCUUAUCGUAAUCCUCUCUCGAGUUCUGCCUCGAAUGAUGACAACAGUCAAAACAGUAAUGAUGAACCAAACCGAGUUAUUGCGCUUUUUAAGUACUUUGCUCUUUUGGAACGCUUCAUAGGCAUCAGGGCUAAAUUUCUUUGUAUGCUUGGAUGUAUAGCUGUGGUGUUCUUUUUUCUCAUGGUAAUUCUAGCAGGGCCGUCAAUAGCUGGACAGACUAGUGCUGCAGACGAACUCCUUAAAACCUCCUCUUUGUAUUUUAUUACUGCAUUUAUAACUUGGGCUACUUUGAAGACGCACGCUUCUAUCGAUGCUCCCCUCCAAGAUGAAAGACCCCAAAAUGCUGAAGAAAAGGACACU